UCUGCGGCUGUCUGUCUGGGCAGGGUGUCCAGGGAGGUAGCGUUAGCAGGCUAACUUAGCUCGCUAGCUAGCUCCCAGCCACUAGCGGCUCGGUGAGGCGGUGACGGGGUCGGUUUCAUUGUCUGCGGUGUAUCGCUAUUUGCACGACCACCGUCACCCAGGCUAAAUAUCACAGUCCGCAUCUUUAUUUAACGCCGCACGUUCUCCGGUGUCUGGCGACUUUAAAUGAAUCCGUGAAACCCCCGAGAGCCGCACAUUUGACUGUGAGCUCGCGUUGGUUAGCCGCUGGUUGUGUAGCCGGACAGAUGGGCAGGUUGUUGUUGGCAAGCCAAGUUAACGCUAGCAUCAGAUAGCCUGUUGUUGUUGAUGGGUUAGUUGGACGUAGGUAGCUGUUAUUUUUAAGGCAUCGUGGGGUCACUCACGUUGAUCGACACCAUAAACAGUAUUGCCACCGGUUAUUGCUGAGCUGCCUGCUCGUUUUAGCCGCGGAUGGGUAUGAUUACGGCUUUAUGAGCCACUGAUCUCACAACUUUGUCAGAUUAGCUCAACCGUGAAAAGCCUGUUUUAUGGAGGCGUAAUGGUGGACGGUUGCGCCUCCGUCGGAGUGUCUGUCUGUCCGUCCACCACGGAUUAGCAGCCAUCACCCACGUCACACCACAGACAACCAAAUGCCUACUUUGUGUUUGUUCCAGAUUAUCAGUGUUUCCUAACCGAGAUCACUUCAUCAUGUAUGUAAUGAUCUGUCACGUCUGAAUGUAUUCUCUGUAACCAAUAUACCGAUCAACCCUAUACAACUGUGUUAUUAGUCAGUAGAUGUUGUGGGAUACAUUAUUUAUAUUUUGUUGCUCUGCGAUCAGGGAUUUGUGAGCAAUCACCUCGAUCUACAGCAAAUCUAUAAACCAUGGUUCAUGUUGCCUGAGCGGACACUUCAAUUCAGUAUUGUAUUCACUUGGCUUUGAGGUGUUUGUAAUCUGAACAGCAGUGUUUAUAUCUUUGCCUCUGCUGAACAAGUGCCCCCUUUCAGAGUGAAUAGACAGUUGGCACCCUUGGCUAGUGAUGGGGACACAUGUCGCUUUGCAUUUUAUGAUGGGCCCUCGGAUUUGCCUGAGGAGGGGUGGCCCUUACCGAAAAAAAAGAAGCCCUCCUGAAAGUGAUGUGAGUGGACAGGCAUGAUUCGAGAUCCACUCUGGAACAGGACUCAAGCUUUUUUAAGAUAAAACAGUGUUCUUCAUCACCCAUUGAUUUUUUUUUUUUUAUAAUUUUUUUUUUUAUAACUUUACUCAUAAAUGAGGCUCAAAGGUAUCAUGCUUGCUGAGGUAGUUGUUCAGUUUCUUACGGUUGUAUUAAUGUUUAUAGUUUCACGUCCAAUCUUAUGGAAUUUAAUCUUGCUGCAAGAGUUUUUCAGUGUUGAGUUUCAACAUAUUGUGUUAACCUUACUGCUGAGUUGGCGUCAUGAAAGUAAAGGGUCAGAGUUUGAAAGUCGCUCUGCACACUUAAAGGUGGUAAGACUAGUUGUAUCUGCUGUUGUUCCUUAUUAUGAUAGACGUAAUGGGUGUGAGUGAUAUUAAAAUGGAGAUCACACCUGUUUCACACAACCAUGACCAAACACAGUGAAUUUUGAUUUGUCUAAUUCUCAGGGAAAUGUGACAUCCCCCGAAUUCUGCCUGUGCGUCCUACCCGUUUUAAUGGUUAACAACAACAAGUAUCCAUAGCACUGGUGAUAACUCUUAUCAAGGUAUUAUGGUAUAGCUCUUAUUGUUGCCAUCCAUCCACAUCUCAGUGUAUUCCCUUCCACUACAAGAUUUAGGUCCAACACUUGAGCAUUUUAGCACAUUACCUAAACCAAAUGAAUGGGGGAAAAUGCUAAGAGGUCUGUACUUCUCUGGAAAGAGGGUACCAUAAUGCUGACGCUGAGUCCAAUCCUUUUGUUUUUAUUUGCUCCUGGGUGCAAAUACUGAAGGUGGUGGUUCAAAAAUAGCAACUUUAAAAGAGCAAAUUACUCAUGAUAUGACUAAAGGUUGAGUGGAGAGAUGCAGCUUCUGAGAGUGCUAUGGCAUGAGACUCCAGGAAUGUGAUAUCUCACUCUGUUGGGUUUGUUGGAACUGAAGAAAUGGUUCCCUUAUGGUGGUACACUGCUUUUGCAGAGUGGAUCUUGUCUCGUAAACUAUCUUUGAUAGGUACUGACAGCUACAUGCAGUCUCAACAGCAGCUAAGUUUAAUUAGUGACAACUGAUAUGAUGAACCACCAACAAAGUUUCUUAAUUUAACUAAUGACAGUAAAGCUCAGAACCAGAUAAACAUGAGAGGCUGCAGCUGAAUGUUUUCUGCACUCUUUGUGUAAUGAUUUUCGGGGUUGAGCUAAGCGAAUUUGUUUAUCUUUCCGUGUUCAGUGUCUGAACUCAGGCUCUGACCACUGUAGCCAACUUUCAAACUAGUUUUCUCAGACUCAAAAUGCUGCACUGUAGAGUAUAAACAGUAUGAACGCCUCUAAUAUGUCGUUCUUCUUAGUUCUAGAUACUAUAGAAAGUCUGUUUAGACACAGAAUGUCAGUGGUCCUGCAGCUUUUGAAAGAAGGUUGUCUGGUUGCUCUUGAGUUUAAUUGUGGAAAAUCUUUACUGUCAGAGAAAAGUGAGAGGUGAGAAAGGUUGUGUGUGAACAUAGCACUUACUGCGUUGUGUUUUUAAAAUGUUGUAAUGAUAAACGUCCAUAAUGAUAAAAUUGUUAAAUGUAUAUUUUCACAAUAGUGACUAAAUCUCCCAUGAACUUUGAAAAUGCUGCUUAUUGGCUUACUGUUAUCAUAACAGUAUCUGUGACCUCACUGUGGUGCAUAGUUCAUCACAGCAGCCUGGUGGAGUCUGAGCUCAGUCAUUAUGAAAAGGUUAACAGGAAGUGCUUCUGAAACAGUCUCACCAAAGUAUGGAUAGAGAUGUUGUUCUCUUUUACGAUGAUUUUCUUCGGAGUAGGCCUCAGUAGUGUUGACUGUAGGAGUCUUGGACUUAUUUACACCAUGUCAGUCACUUCUUUAUCGUAUUGGAUGCAAAAGUUAUGCAUGCUUCUUUAAGUGGAAAUUUACAUCUUAUUCAGUAGGAGUUUUUGACUUUGACAUUGCUUUAUCUCAUAUUAAGUUAAGUACCUUACACCAGAUGUCAUUGUUAAAUCACUAACUUUUCCUGAAGGUUUGAAAGUGACUCAAUGCUUUGACAAACUUGAUCAAAGUGUGUUUUUACAGAUUUACAUAGUAUUUACACAUAGGUUUUAUGUCCCUUAAGAACUGUCUGUCUUUGUUAUUUGUUGUCUUGCAUACCAGAGAACAGGAGUAGUCCUACUGGCCACGGGGACCCACCCAAAGGCCUUAGGCAAUUCUUGGAGCAGGAGGAGCCCUCCAAUGUUUGACUGACGGAACUAUUUCUUGUUUACCCCGUUAGACUUCAUAUUGACUCAAGCAUGUGUGUGAACAGUGUGAACUCCCUGUCUCAGACAGUUACGGGUACAUAUGUGCAGUUAUGAGUUGACUAUUAGAUUUAUUGACACUAACCUCUUUUCUUUAUUUUAGUUCAACUUAAAAGAAAACACUGAGUUGGGACAUUUUUACAGCCUCACUCCACAAUACACUUUGACCUUGACAGCACAUUUUUUUCAUUGCUUGUUAUUUGUCUGGCCAAUUUCCAAUUAUAUGCUGCCUUUCGGUUUUAAUUUGACGUGUAUUAUUGCAAAAACUUCUGGCAUUCCUUCAAUAAAUUGACCCCUGUUGACCAAGUGGGCCAUUUGACUUACAAUGAACUGGCUCUUACUUACAUAGUAAGAAGUAGUGUUUGUUAAUGAGAGUUUAUACCCAUAGAGACACUAUUAUAUAGGUAGAGAAAUUCAUAAAGGUGAAGAAAUGCAAAAAUAUCACAUUAGUUCUUGCUGAUCAAGUGUUUUCUUAACAUUGAUUACUAUAGUAAAUAUAGACUUUGUCCUGUUUGAUAUUGAUUUGUAUUAAAAAAACGCAUAAUGUUUGACUGUGCAACUAAGAAAUUGAUAGAUUGGAAGAAAAAGAAGAUGACAAACUAAGCUGAAAUGCAAACUGAGCUAAUUUCACUAUGGUUAUUUUAUUAAAGUAAAAAAUACAUGUGACAAAAUGAUGAGUCAGCAGGUACAAAGAAAUGACACCUGGGCCAUUUGUCAAAGGUUUCCCUAUCUGGAAAUAUUUAUAAACACUCAAAUGCAUGAAAGCUAUGCAGUAUUGAAAUGGAGUGUCAAUUUCUGGUGUUUUCUUCAUUGUGUAGUUGUAUGGCACAGAAACAUUACUUUAAAAUGUCAAAUUAAUUAAGUAUAUACAGUAAUACACAUUCAUCAGGCUACCCCAAGCUAUUAAUGCAGGUUAAGCAUCUGCCUUCUUGCCUCUGUUUUACUGGGCAUUUCUGGAACUAAGCAUCUUUGAAUAUAAGGAGGAAGGGGAACUGGUCACAUUCAGACCUGCUGCCAUGCAAAUCCUCACAUUUUCCAAUGUAUAAUCAGCUCAGCCCUUUAAUGGUUAUAAACAUACUGCUGACAUGUAUAUUUUAAAAGCCAAUUGUGCGUCUGUUUUGUUCCUCUAGCAUAUUUACUCAAAAGUGACAACCUGCAUGACCGGAAUUGCCUGAAAUGGCAUCCCAUGCAAUGUAAACAAUAAUACCACUUUAACACCAUAUGAGAUACACAUUUCUACUGUUUUUAUCAGUCUGCCCCCAACAAUUGCUUCCACUGUGUGGUCAGUGCGGACAUGGCAACUCUCAAACAUGCAGACCAGCAACUUGGAUGCAUGCAGUAUCAAGGCAUAUAUCCAAAAGGGGAAACACUCUCCAGGCCGACUCCCUGCCACAUGGCCAUUUUGUACAGGUUCUAUCUUUAUGUAUUUCCUAAGUGCACAGUCAUGUUUGGCCUAACAAAACAAGGGUUACCCAAACUUCGGAAGUUUGAGCCCACUGUUCACUUACCCUAUAUAUGGUCCAUACAGUAGUUGGCAGAAUAUUUUCUUGAAAUCAAAGCUGUGGGUGUGGGGCUGGGAGAAGACAGAAUGAAGACACAGGUUAAAUUUAUAGUGUAAUGCUAGAUUAACAACGGUAGAAAAUAGUUAAACACAUUGGUUAAGUGUCUUGCACGACGUCACACAACUGAUGAUACCACUGAUUAUCAUUCCUGAAGCUCUCUGUCAUUCCCACUGCCUCAGUCAUAUCUGUUGGAUCAGUCCAUAAUCAAAUUUUAACAUCACAUAAUAAGUCCAAAAACAAUCUUAGUUCUCACAUUUUAGGCACUGUAUCAUUGUUUUAUACUUGCAAAAAAUGCAUUGCACACAUAAUUAUGUGGUUUAAUUACAAAUAUGGGGAUUUAAGUGAUACAGUGACCCAAUCUAUGUUUAGAAUAUCACAUACCCCUCUGUAGAGUUGCACAAGUUGUUUCCUCAUUGAUGGAGAAUUGCAGUUUAAAUAAAUUCUCAGACCACUCUUGCAACAUCAACUGUAUGAGGAGGUCAACAGUACAAAAUACGUUGUAGCAGUCUGUUCCACCUCAAUUUGAUGCAGCCAUAAAUAUUUGGAUUUUUUACUUUCUAUCAUGACAGUUGGUCACCAUUGUUACUGACAGAUUUAAUGUAAAUGACUGCUGCUCUUCACGUAAGAGUAAACGAUUAAAAUCUUUCAGGAGCUUUGUGUUUGAUACAUAAAAAAUACGACUGACUUUGACUGAGGAUUGUUUAAAAUGACACAUUUGGUUUGCAAACUUGUGCAUGUGAGAUGGAAAAUUAUAACAAUAUGAAUGUGAUACAGUCUGAGGUUAAGCUUAAAAGUGCUGCUGUAUUUAAUGGCUUUUGAUCAAAAGUAUAACUAAAUCUGCAUGUGACCACUGUCAUAGAGAAAUACACAUUUUCACAGCAUCCCAGCAUCCUCCAGAGUUUCCCAUAGAAUAAGAUCUAUGACGAUGAAUUGAUUCAUGGGGAAAACAUCACACAGUACCAUGUCAUGCACAGCGAGGUUUUCUUUUUCAAAGUGGAAACAAAAGAUGUGAUGCCUAAGUCAGUCUGACUGCAGAUGAUGAUAAAAACUUUAUGGAUGUACAUAAACACGAGACCGGGAGCAAGUUGGGCCAUAGCACAACAGCUGCACAUUUCCCUAAAAUGAAGCAAUUUCAAAAAAGAUUUUAUUUCACAAUGUUGUUAUGCGAAGUGUUCAAAUGUUUAGAUCAUUAUGACAGUGGUGAUAUAAUUUGGACUAUGACAGGCUGCUACCGUCGAGGCAAUUAAUGGGAAAUGCUGUUCUCAGCCAUUAUCUACCUUUUCACCUGCAAACGGUGCAGAGGCUGUAGAGAGAAGAAUAAGUUAACAAGACUAAAAUUCUGAACAAACAUUUGGCUACACAACCUUUAAAUAUUUUAGGCAUAAUUAUGGAACCCUCAAAAGUAUAAAGGUUCAGCCUCUAGCCAUGACAUCACUGUUGGGUGUGGGAACAAAUGCAACAGAAACAACUUACAGCCACACCCGGAGGUGAUGUUGGGUGUGUUCAUUUAAAAAAAGACUUCUCUUUUGCCAGACAUUCAGUUGUGAACCCUUUUUUUUUAACAGCGCUUUAGUUUCUUUAAAGAAUGUGGGUGUCCUCCAAUAGAUUUACGCCAGUGCUCACAUUCCGACAGGUCCAAUGUUCAGGUCACGUCAGUCUGAGAACGUGCAAAAUUUGGACAAUGAUCAUCUGUUUGCACAAUCAUCAUGAAAACUGACUUCACUUUGUGCUUGUGCACAUGUACAUUUUAUUGAUAGCAACACAGGCAGUAGUUCUUCCUUAUAUAUAAUGCUUGUGGCACUCAUUGGAUUGUAGAUUCAAAACAUCAGAACUCACUUCUUGUGUAUCAGAUAAGUUGUGUGUGUGAUUUUACUUUAAUCUCCAUUGGUCGCCUAAACAAGCCUAACAAGUUGCAGUACAUCAUCCCACUUAACCAACCAUCCAUUGAAUCUAAUAUAAGGAAAUUUAACUAUUGUGAGUCAAUAACAAUGAGGAGAAUGUUGUAGGGAUGUUUUCGUUUGUGAAGGUAAAAUCAGAUAAUUAGGUUAACGUAUCAAUACGCAAGUAGUUAGUUUGUAUGUUUUAAGUAUUGUCUGAAUGUGAGCACUUUUAUUUGGUGGGCUAACGUGGAUUAAGCGCUACUGAAGAUCUUGUGAAACACUGACUUGACUCAGACUCAAAAGCUGACCUACUUUACCCAGUUCUGUGUUUUAACAUUGUGUACUGAUGGUGUGCUUAGCUCAUAGAUGUGUUGUCUGGAAUACAGUUUUUUUUUCACCCGUUAAGCUCUGUUUUCCCCUUUUGCUCUGGUCACUUCCUGCUGCCAUCCAUUUCUGAGAAAAGUAAUCUGAUAGCAGUCUGCGUGUGUCCUGGCCCUUGGCUCUUUAUGUGUGUAUGGGCUUCUGGUUUUACAGGAUUAUGGAGUAACCAUUUGGAAGCAAUUUGGAGAAAUUGGAGAUUUUCCCUGUCUUGGAUUGUUGAAAACAUUUAUCUUUCCCUUUUUAUUAUAGCUUGUAAUGUAUCCAGUGAUUUUGUAAUUAGAGGCUCAAGAGAGCUGAGGUGUUAUAGAGCUACGUAACUGAGACGAUCCCUCUGUCAGUCAUUAAGUUAUGUUCUUAUAAGGUUAUAAAUCAAUUACUCAAAAUGCUACUGAAGGCUUUUAUGCAUUACACGUGCACGCUUGCCAGAAUCGAGAUGGAUGUUGGCUGCAAGAAGGAUUUUCUUUAUUUGUUAGUUCUUUAUGUAAUAAGGAUACAUUCAAGUACAUCAGUGUAUCUGUGUUUUAAAAAACAAACCAUUGUUGUAUGUCUGUUAAUGUGGCUAUAUGUUAAUGCAUUGUGUGAUCAUGCGCAAAAGUCAGGUUUGCACUGCCUGGACUUACUGCUGUUGUGGUUGUCACGUUGCUUAGGGAGAAUCCAGGUGGAGACAUGCGCGCACACACAGAUACACUCUGUGUGGCUCUUGCUCUGGCUCACACACACACACACACACACACACACACACACACACUGACACACAUGCAGACGCAGUCUGGCAGAUUCAGGGUUAAAGGCUUCCAUUUUGUUAGGUAACACCCUAAUGGUCUGAUCUGUCAGUGGCGUUAAAAUGGCAGGGGCUUAACCCUUGGUGUUCGGGACCCAACCAGUAGGGGCACACACACACACUUCUGGGCUGUCCAAGCCUACAACAGAACAACUGAGGAGGGGAGAGGUGGAGGAAAGGACGUAGAGUGAGCAAUUGAGAGAAGACAAGGAAGAGUAUUUUUCACAUGGGUACAGUUAGAUUAUGGCUCAGCUAACCACAUGCGCUCUGCACCCUUCUCCCUCCCCCAACCAUGGCACCACCUCAGCUGGUCCCUGCCCCCACUCCUAGCCUGGGUGAGAGCAGCCAUGUCAGAGGAGGCAGUGCGUCUAACACGCAGCCAGAAGCGGGCUCUGGAGAAGGACAGUGCAACCCCUACUGGGCCCCUCGGGGACAUGGACGGCAAAAGAGUGAAGCUGGAUGGGGAAGACUCAGCUGGAUCUCCCCCGGACCUGGUGGGAUCUGGAGCCGAAGGUGUCAAGCUAAAGAGUGAUCAGGCUGCAAAGGUAGCAACCAGUAUCCUGAAGGCUGGAGAAGUGAAGGCCACCAUCAAGGUGGAGGUGCAGACCAGAGACGAGCCCGUCGACAUGAGUACAUCCAAAAGUGACAUAAAGAAAGAGCGGCAGCCACCAUCACCAGAUGAUGUGAUUGUGUUAUCGGACAACGAGCCAUCCAGUCCUCUCAUGAACGGACACUGCUUCACAAAGACUGACACAGAUAAACUGAUGAAGAGUUCUCCAGAAGAGAGGGAGCGCAUCAUCAAAACGCUGAAGGAAGAACUGAGACUCCAAGAGGCCAAACUAGUGCUGCUUAAGAAACUACGACAGAGCCAGAUCCAGAAGGAGAGCAAUGUGCAGAAGAUGAUAGGUCGCAGCUCAGGCACGGUGAUCCCUCCUCCAUUAGUGAGGGGUGGGCAACAUGUCCCGUCCAAACACAACUCUCAGAUUGUCAUGCCACCUCUGGUCAGAGGAGCCCAGCCUAUUGCAGUUACUCCUCAACAGAUAGCCAGUCUACGUCAGCAUCAGCAUCAGCACAGCGGCUCAGGCCCCCCUCCACUCUUGCUGGCACCGAGGGCUUCUGUGCCCAAUGUCCAGGUCCAGGGCCAGAGGAUCAUUCAGCAGGGACUCAUACGGGUGGCUAAUGUGGCCAACAGUAAUAUCAUGGUCAACAUCCCUCAGGCCUCUCCAACCAGCCUCAAGGGCUCUUCGAUGUCACCUAACUCGAACAUCAAUGACUCACCAGCCAGCCGACAGGCGGCUGCCAAGCUCGCUCUGCGUAAACAGUUGGAGAAGACUCUACUGGAGAUUCCUCCACCCAAACCUCCUGCCCCAGAGUUCAACUUCCUGCCUUCGGCAGCGAAUAAUGAGUUCAUCUACUUAUUGGGGUUAGAAGAGGUGGUGCAAAAACUUCUGGAGAUGCACGGCAGGGGCAAUCUGGGCCCUGCUGCUGCUAUGGCCAGCUCCAUUCCCAAAGAGCCAUACACCUGUGCCCAGUGUAAGACAGACUUUACCUCCCGCUGGAGAAAAGAGAAGGCUGGGACCAUCCUGUGUGACCAAUGCAUGUCAUCUAAUCAGAAGAAGGCCUUAAAGGCUGAGCACACCACUCGUCUGAAGGCAGCCUUUGUUAAAGCACUCCAACAGGAGCAGGAGAUUGAACAGCGCAUCCUGCAGCAGGCAGCCUCUUCUUCUUCCUCCUCUCACUCUAAAAACACCUCAUCCUCCUCUUCUAUGUCCAAGAGUGAGGUGCUGAUUUCCCAGCAGUACAAGCAGGUCAGGGCUGCCAUGCAGCACAGACCAGUGUCUGCCCACCACUCCACCAUUAAGCAGAGUCAGCUGUCACACAGCAUCCAGUCUGCGGUGAGGUCUCGUGGUGUGGUCCACUCAUUCACCUCCUCUCAGCUGCACAACUCGGUGUCAGCAGCGCUGGGAAGCAGGCCAGGUAAGCAUGCUGCAGCACGUCUGCUGCAGCAGGGGGCAAAGGUCAGCGCCGGCAGCAGCAGCAGCAGCAGUCACCAGGCCAACGUGGCUGCCUGGAGGAAGCAGAACAUUGGCAACGCAGGUGUGUCCAUGGCCUAUGUGAACCCCAGCUUGUCUGCUCAUAAGACCACCUCUGCUGUGGAGCGCCAGCGAGAGUACCUGCUGGACAUGAUUCCCUCCCGUUCUAUCUCCCAAGCAGCCAACACAUGGAAAUAAUGCAAUCUUACUCUUUUUCUGACAUAACUAUUAUCUUUUUAAUAUCAAUAACAGCCAUUCUCAUUAUCAUUCUAAUCCUUUCUAUGGACUUCUAUGCCUCUGGCCAAAUGGUGCAGCGGAUAAACAGCCUCUUUUUUGUGGGAUGGAGGUGUUUCCUCAAUCUCCUCAGAUCUUUCUGCCACCAUCUUUCAUACCUGAGUCCUGCUUCCCAAAUUGGAGUUGUGCUGCAACAGCUCAGGAUUCUGGGAUACAAGGAGAUUGUCAAACAGAAUUUUGGAUACCUUCCUGAGGGCUGGAUGAAACACUGGCGUGUACAAUUUUCCAAACUUCUCGGGUGAUGUCGCCUCUCCCUCCUUGUAUAUCGGUUGACCCUCAUGGUUGUACCAAGUGGAAGUUGCCACACAAUCCCUGAGCUGCCCUGCCUCUGGAUUAGGCAGGGAAAGAAUAACAAUCCCUCUCAUACUCAAUAAAAUAUCCGCCUUAGGUCCUGCCCCUCCAGUCUGAGCCCGUCAGACUCAGGCCCAUGUGGUGGUCAAACUGAACUUCACCGAAGACCUCAUCACAGGGAUUGUGGUUGAGCUUCAAGGAUCAUUCACAGAAUAACUGCUUCAGCUUUGCAAAAAUGAAUAAAACAAAAAAGGACUGUAAAAAAUAAUCUAUCUGCACACAGACUGCCUCUUCUCUCUAACCUACGCCAUGUAUAGUAGAGAAGUUGAUGCGUGUUGGAUUAUUUUGUAUGGCUGAAUAUUAGGAUUUUGUCUUUUUCUUCUGUGAGUCAUAUACUGUGUUUGGAAUAUUGAAUAUUGUGCUCCCUGAUACUUUGGAAAGUGGCCUCUUGUCGAGGUCUGAAUUUACAGGCUAAUGUUACUGUAGAGGUGGUUUUACAUCUGCUGGGUUCCAUGUUGUGGCCUACUUUUAAAUACUUUGUUUUUUCUAAGACGAGGAAGAAUAAUGUUUAAGGUUUCACUGACUCAUGUAAAAACGGGGAGCAUAUGUUAGGAGGACUAUUCUUCUUGAAUAUUGUUAAACAGAAAAAAAAAAACCUUCCAAAGAACUAGUGGAGCCCAAAUGGAAUCCCUUCUGCUAGAAGGUCUCUAGUUUAUCUGAACCCUCUCUAGAUAUAAACAUGAAAUCAUGCUAAACUGAGGGGGUGUAAGGAAUGUCGUAUUUUUGACAUUGUUUUUGCUUUUAGUCAUAGGUUGUGGUGCAUUAUUUUUUUCUUCUAUAGACAAACUGUCUCUGGGUUUAUUUAUAGGGUCAUGUUAGUAAAGAUAUAUGCCCUAAGUUUGAAUGGAUCUCCACAUAAAACCAUUUGUUUUCUGUGUCCAUUGGCUCCCAUUCGCCCUACGAUUGGUUCAGGAGGAGCUGGACAGCUUUCAGAAUGUAGUAUGCAAAAACCCCUAUAGCAACACAUGACAUGAACGUCUCUUUAGUCUUUAACAUUAAGGUGUGUAUGAUUUAUGUCCGGUCCUAAGGUUGAAUUGAGCUAACUAUGCCUUUCACAUGAGCUAUAGUGCGUUUUUAUCAGGUUGCAGCAGCACAGGAUAAGCUAGUGAUGUACAACAUGUCCCCACAGCGCUCAUGGAGUUCAGUUCUUUCACAAUCAUGUGCUGUCAUCAUUAAUUGCAUUGAGCGGGGGUCAGGGUGGUCCAGUUUCCUUAAUCCAUGGCGCUGUGUUCAUGUGUCCCCUAUUGCAAAGUGUCACUAAAUUAAAAAUAGUAAAGUAAAAUAUUGAUAUAUUUAAUUUAAGCAGUGAAAAAAGGGUCAAAUAUAAAUCUGGAUGUUUGGUAAGCACUAUGUUAAAAAAAAAAAAAACAGCUGACCACCCUUCAAUACCCUGUAGCUGUCUUUUAUCCUCUUCACAUUGACAGAGUGCUCAUUAUUAUCAUCACUGUGUAAUUACAGAGCUGGAGUCCUGCUGCCCUGUUGAUUUCCUUACUGAUCCAUUUUGUGACAGUCUAAUGUGACAUUGUAAGAGUAUGUGUCAUUAGGCAAAUGAGCAUCAGUGGAAGUUUAUCAUCACUGCACACAUGGGUUUCAUUUAGGACGGUGCAACUCACAAUAAACAUGCGUCGCUGAUGGAAACUAGCAAACAAAGAUGAAAUUGCUUCAAAAACAAACGUAGCAUUUGAAAUCUUCCAGGUCGUCUGUACAUUCCUGACAGGCAGAAGGUAGCAGCCAGCGUCCUCCGGAUGCAAGACAAGCAAAAUGGUAUGAGCCCGUCAUUUUGUGCCCUGCUAAGUGUAACCCUGUGCUGUCCUGACUACUGCCUGCUGCUGCUGCUGCUGCUGCUGCUGCUUGACGACAAUAUCACCAUUCCGUAUGUUUGGGUCGAGAUACUGCUAAAAGGCAGUGCAGCCCAAAUGGAAAUGAAAACAAUGUAUGAGAAUGUGUUUUUUAAAAUUUUUUUUUCCUGCUCUAUCAAAUAAUAAUAAAACUAAUUUUAACCCCUC